UUGCAAGAUAAAAAUUAUCAUUCUCUUAGCCUACUUUCUUUCUUCACUCUUUUGGAUUGUUUUUCUUUACAUAGUCAAUCAAACUUCGAACUGUCCGUGGGUUUCCGAGCUCUAUAAUUCUCUCAUACCGAGCACAAAUCUUUGCUUGAUCAUUCUUUGGACUAGAAAGGUUAAUGAUGAUGACAGUUUCAAUGUCAAUGUGCAAAGAAAUGGUGUCUUUACUGGACAUAAGUUCUGGGGUGCUGAAAUCGGACUUCUUUAGUCCUAGGAGACAUAAAGAAAAGGUUGUGAUCCUAAUGGGAGCAACCGGAACAGGAAAAUCGAGGCUCUCCAUUGAUCUCGCAACCCGAUUCCCAGCAGAAAUUAUAAAUUCGGAUAAGAUACAAGUCCACGAAGGGCUUGACAUAGUUACCAACAAGAUCAGUGAGGAAGAGCGGAGUGGGAUUCCGCACCAUUUGUUAGGUGUAAUAAGUCCCAACAUAGAUUUUACAGUGACGAAUUUCGUGGACAUGGCUUCGCGUGCCACAGCUUCGAUCGUGUCCCGCAGCCAGCUUCCGAUCAUAGCCGGCGGCUCGAAUUCAUACAUUGAGGCUUUGGUCGAUGACGAACGGUCUAGAUUCCGGUCGAAAUACGAAUGUUGUUUCCUUUGGGUAGAUGUGGCAAUGCCAGUGUUACAUCAAUAUGUAUCAGGGAGAGUAGAUAAGAUGGUUGAAAAUGGGAUGGUUGAUGAGGCAAGAAGCUUCUUUGAUUACAAUGCAAAUUAUUCAAAGGGGAUUAGGAAAGCUAUCGGAGUCCCCGAAUUUGACCGGUACUUCCGAGCCGAACCGUUUUUAGACAAAAGACAACGUGCUAAACUGCUGCAAGAAGCAAUCCAAGAAAUCAAAAGAAACACUUGCAGAUUAGCUUGUCGUCAAUUCGACAAGAUUCAGCGGUUGAGGAACAAGAAGAAUUGGACGAUACACAGGCUCGACGCCACCGAAGUGUUCCUCAGGCGUGGAAAAGGAGCUGAUGAGGCGUGGGAAGAGCUUGUAGCUGAUCCAAGUACAGAGAUAGUAGCACAAUUUCUAUGUAACAUCGGCUCAGGAGCACUGCUCAGUACUAGUCCUGCCAUUGAGUUCCUUGUGGUAUAAUGCUGUAAAAUCAUAUCUGACCCAGGAAUAACUAGUAAAGCCACAGAUCUCAAUGUUAAUAAACUUAAAAUAAUGAAGAUAUGCUACUUAAUGGAAGUCACUUUUGGUGAAAAAGAAAUAGAUACUUAGAUUUCAUGGCCUCUGUCAUUUAAUGAUAUGAAAGCAUUUUUGGUUUUA